UGGAAAUUAAGCGAGUAACAACCUCCAACCCAGACACUGUCACCACCACCUCCACGCCCCUGCUGUCCCCUCCCUUCUCCCUCGGCCCUCGCCUCCUUCCUCCUCCGUGGGAGUCGGCGAGCCGCCGCCCGUCUCUUUUGCCGGGCACCGAGCUCCUCCGCCACGCCAUUCCAACUGCUGUCCUCCGGCGAGGGGAACGGAGCAUGAUUCCGUGGCAAGGUUGAAUGGCAGCGAGUUAGGGAUACACGAGACUGUGCUCGGCAGAAGGGUUUCUAAUAACCAGGAAAGAGGUCGGACGUGGCCAGGAUGGAUGAUGUUGCUGAUGUUGCUGAUGCUAUGGGUGCGGUGACUAUAGAGAAUGGGGUCAAUGGCAAGCUGGUGCUGCCUGACGCUGUAGAGGAACACGGCGAACAUCAUGAUGCACAGGCCAAUAGGGACCAUUCGGGGGAGAGCGAGGUUAUCAACCCGCACGAAGAGGCAGGUGGGGAGGCUAGCUCACAUCCAGAAGGGAAGAAGACCCGCCCUUCUAAGGGAUCUCCAAGUCAUGGUCCUAAGGCUGCAAGGACUAGGACCCCAAAGAGUGGAGAUGGAGGUCUAGCAAGGAAAAGCACCCCUACUUCCUCUAAUCGUAAGGCACCAAUUGCGAGAGUAUUGCAUGCAGACUCAGGCUCAUGUACAAACGGUGAUUCGAGUGUUGAUAAGACCAAAAAUGGGAAGACUGAGUCUCGCUCGUCUGCCAAGGAGUCAUCAUUGCUUGAGGCCACAAAAUCCAGGGAGAAAAGUAAAACUCAAAAGCCAUCAGACGAGCAUUCUUCCAUCAAACGAGAUGAAGAGGAUUUAAAUAGUGAAAGUUCAAAAGCUCGAAAGGCUGGUGGCACUCCUGCCUAUGGAUUCAGUUUCAAGUGUGACGAGAGAGCUGAAAAAAGAAGAGAGUUUUACUCAAAACUUGAGGAGAAGAUUCACGCAAGAGAAAUGGAAAUAAGCAAUAUGCAAGCAAAAUCAAAGGAGACUGAAGAAGCUGAACUCAAAAUGCUGAGAAAAAGCUUAAAGUUCAAGGCAGCACCGAUGCCAAGCUUCUCCCCACCGCCAAAGGUUGAGUUGAAGAAGAUUCCUCCCACUAGAGCUAAAUCACCAAAGCUUGGCCGUUCGAAGAACAAGUCCGGGGCAGAGACUGAAGAAAGUACCACUCCUUCAAGCCGGCCUAUCCGUAUGAGUCUUGAUGUGAAUAUUUCGCAAAAUGGUGCAAAGAAAGCAACCCCAUCAAAUGUGGCAAAGAAGCCCCAGAGGAAGUCACUCCCCAAAUUACCUUCAGAGGAAAGCGGUCCACUUGAGGCGAAACAGCUAAAGAGCACCGACAUAAACACAGAUAGUUAUCAGGAGUCAGGAGCGUCGCCAGCAAAGCAGCUUCAAGAAACUGAGUCGAUUGCCGACAAUGUGCAGGAGCCAAUCCGAGCUAGAGUUACUCCUGACGACCAGGAACUCGAUGAACAGUCCGUGUAAUGAAGGUCAUGGCUUGCGGAUCCUUCGAUUUUGUGGUGGCAGGGCAGGUGUGCCUCUGGCGUAGUUGUGUAUUGUUGCUUGAUAAUUUCGAUAGUAUGUUUAGUAGCCUAUGUUUUGUAACCAACACACUUGUCUCAUCGUCCUGGAGUUUCAUCUGUACUGCUUCUGUCCAUAUUCUGCUUCUGUCCAUAAUCGUAAGCGAGGCUUCAGUCGUCA